AAGUUUAUAUUUCAAACGCGUUUGCGAAAAAUAGUCGGACAUGUUUGGGCGAUAAGUGAUUUAAAAAACACCUGUGAGCUUAGUGGAAAUGUUUUGGCGAUAUGGACACACGUGUGAGGCUGUUAGUUAUAUAAAAUCUGGACAGAUGUACGAUCCAGACACCCAGUGUAGGCAUAUUUAUGGAAACAGUUCAGAACUAUGCAGGGGAUUGUAUAAAGGAAAUUUUGCAUCUAUAUGUGGAAAAUUGUACUGUAAAGAUCCAUCUAAUCCAAAGUCCUGUAACGCAAUAGUAGCUGAGGAAGGUACUCAGUGUGGCAACAAAAAGUGGUGUGUCGACGGAGCAUGCACUUUCGAUGCGAAAGCACCAACAGGCAUUGAUAAUUGUUUGUUCGGCGAUAAAAAAGGUAAAGUGUUCAGUAGUGGUUGGUCAUGUGCGGACAUGAUGCGAUUGGCUCCUUAUAAUUGUCCAGCCGUACCAACAGAGUGUUGUGCAUCAUGUGCACCUCCAACAACAACUACUUCCUCUUCCACUACAAGCACAACACCGACGACAAUAAUAACCCCAACAACAAGUAUGUCAUUGACAACGACCACAAUACCUACAACGACCACAAUAGCUACAACAACCACAACACCUACAACGACCACAACACCUACAACGACCAAAAUAACCCAAACAACAUUACCUACAACAACAAUUGCAACAAAAACUACGCAAAUGUCGACAACCACUACAACAAGUAGACCGUCAACAACAUCGAAAACCACGACGACAAAGGCGGCCUCCUCGAAAAACAGUCCGACAUUAAAGAUAAAUACUUCAUACCAUACUGCAAGACAUCCUAGUACAACAUUGUUAUUAACAACCAACACAACGAGGAUUUUAAAAGAUUCAAGGCAACAUGAUACAGUUCUGAUAGCAGUAGGAGUAGGUGCUGUGGUUCUGAUAUCUGUAGUCCUUAUUUGUAUCGUAGUUUGCCGGAAAAAAUUACGGAGGGCAAAAGUUGAAGAUGUAGAGGCCAAGAAGCAAUACAGCAAAAGAACUAGAGUUACAGGAAACGUGAAUCAUACAAUGGCGCCAGGAAAUAGUAAAAGAAUUGAAACGACAAUGAAAAUGCGUUACUGAUCAGCUACUAAAAACGCUUCUACAUCAUUACAUUUCAGAUUAUUUGACAGUUUUGUCAAAAUUUAUAUGCAAAUACAAUAGCAUGUGUUUCAUGAAUAUGCACAUCAUAUACAUAUAUUCAUAUUCACUUAUAUUCACUUUAUACAUGUUAUGAGUGCGUGCACCUUACGAGUGUUAUGUGAAACAGCUUCCCGCUCUGUAUCAAACAGGAAACAAGAACAAAUUGUUCUUGAAUAUUUAUAGAAGGUGUAAUGAACAAUAUAUGUUAAUCGCGAAUUUGUUUGUAAUAGCCGCUUAUUGCAGUCUAAUGUCGUGUGCACAUUUGUUUUACAUCUAUUCAUACAAUAAUAUUUGAUGUUUUGCACCUCAAUUUAUUGACAGUGAAGAAAUGUGAUGCAGCCCGUAAAGACACUAAAACGAAAUAAUAUCCAGAUGUUUUUUCUGUACGAUCAAGAAAACCAUUUUGUUAUAUGUUUAUACAUGUAUAUUCUAGGGAAACUUAGUUAAACUGAACAAAUAUACGUUGACAGUUUAGAAAUUGUACAUUUUUUUCUUCACAAAUAGACUUUUUUCCUUUCAAAUAAUUAAACAGUUCUGGGUCAAAUAUCUAGAAAAGAUUAAGUAAAAAAGGGAUAUAUAACGGUAAAAAAAAUCAUAUACUUCUCUUUCUGAUAAAUUUCUGCAUUUUGAAUAUGUAUAUACAAAGUGCAGGAAAACAUUAGACAUAUCAGGUGAUGGUACAACCGCAUGACCAACUGUACUCAUUUAUCGAAACAGUAGCAGGAAAACUAAAUACUAUCAAGAAGUUUUGAGAACAAUAUGUAUGAGGCAAGUAUCAUGAUAGACUAAAAUAAAUUUCCCCAUUAAUCGACAGGAAGUUGCACAAGCAGCUGUAACGGGUACAAACAUGGCUGUAAAAACAAAGGAGAUGUUGUAGUUUCCCACCUUUGAAAAAUAUUGCAGAGUAGAAUGAACAUUUGGUGACAAGGAGAGGUCAAUGUUUCAAAUGUUCAA